AUGACUGGCUUCACUGUUACCUCGCCCAUGGCUGGCUCUUUCCGGAAGGUCAAGAUGCCUAAGCUGGUCAACAUUCCCUCUCUUGAGGAGGUCCGCAAGGCCCCUCGCAUGCCUCUUGACUGCGCUCGUGAUCGCAUUUACGCCGCGGCUAAGGAGAUUGAGAAGCUAGAGACUUUGGUUCCCUACUUCUCCGGUGUCAACAACGCCUCGUACGAGUGCUAUGCUCCCAAGUCGCUCGCUGGUCUUCCUGACCAUCUGCUUCACAUUCUCAUUGCACUGGUCGUUGAUACUGACACUGAUUUCGAUGGCAAGAAGAAGUCUGUCAUCACUGACUUCCUCCACAAGUUUGAGGACCUGCUCUACAUCACCCUGUACCACAUCCGCAUGCUCUAUCACGAGCUCUACAUGGACUUCUCCGCUGGUCGCCUGGACCCCGACAUGAAGUUCACCGACGACCUCACCGCUGAGGAGAUGAUUGAGCACCUCUACUUCCACUGGAGCGUCCUCGUUGACGACGAGCUUCUGGCGACCUUGGACUUCGCCAUUCGCAAGGAGGCUCUCAUGCAGUUCAAGAUUAACCACAACGCGCACGUGUUCAACAUCAACAAGUACGAAUCAGAGUCGGACUUCAAGUCGAUCGAAGACAGCGUUCGCAGGGGCCUGAAUGCCAUCCCUUUUGAUGAGGCUCAGCUGCUCUCCAGCUACAAGGGCCUCGUUCCUGAGCUCCCUGAGCACUUGGCCAACCCCUGCAAUGCCGAUGUCCUGCUGCACGAGCUUCGUCGUCGUCAUCAUUACGACCUUUACUCCCUUUGCCAGGACCACGGUAUCGUCCCUUCUUAUGAAAUCUUCGACAAGACGGAGCGUGCCGACGAGAUCUGGUGCAAGAACCUGUACCACCAUGGACCCAAUGUCCAGGAAGAAGAUGGCGAUGUGAGCCCGCUGGCCCUCGACUCUCCUGAGAUCUACAUCCCUAAGGAGAAUCUCCCUCGCCCCAUCGACUUCAACAAGAUUUGCAACUACCUCCCCUACCUCGAGGAUGAUGAGGAUGAGGAGGACGAGUACGAGAGUUCGCUUUCCGACUACGAGGAAGAGGUCGACGAGGAGGAGCUGGAUCUGGCGGACGAACUCGGCGACUUCCUUGACGACAAGCAAGCCGGCAUCAAGAAGAAGAAGAAGACCGAUCCUUUCGCCGAGUCCUUCGCCCAGUCCUUUGCCCCCAUCACGCCUCCGAAGACCAACAGCUUCAGCAGCUCCAACGGCUACAGCAGCGGCGGCGCCAACAGCAAGAAGCGCGCUCGCGCUCCCUCUCCCAUCGACACCGACCUCGCCAACGGCCGCAAGCGCUUCCGCGUCUCCCCGGAGUCUCCUCGCGCUCCCACCCCUUCGCCUCUGACGGGCCUCUCCUCCUCGUCCGGCAUGUUCGUCUCCCCUUGGUCCUGGUAUGCCAAGCAGCACGAGGAGCGCAUGCACGCCACCCAGGAAAGGGACGCCAACAUCAGGACGCCCGAAUGGCCCUUUUCCCUUCCGGGCGACGUCAUUGAGAAGAAGCAGCCCAAGGAGCGCAUGCCCGUCAUCCAGGAGAGGAAUGUCAACAUCAGGACGCCCAGGUGGCCCUUCCCCUCGCCGAGCGACGUCGAUGAGCAGGAGCAGUCGACGACGACCUUCGCUGCCCCAGCUCAGAACAGCUUCACCUUCGAGCUCCCGAUGCGUCCCAUGUCCGUCCUGCCAAGCCCUUUCCCCAUCCGUCGCGGCGACCCUGUCAUCACGCUGCCUUCCGAGACGCGCGCCCAGCACGAGCACGAUAUGGUCAUGAACGGCGAGCUGAUGCAGCAGGAGCGCGACAAGGCGCUCAGGGCCCUCUGUGGCGAGGAGACCUCUGAGGACGAGGACGACAAGGAGUCUAUCGCCUCGGACUCCCACAUCAUGUUCGCUAUGGAGUCUUAUGUCGGCUACAAGAAGUACUGGUAG